AAAAAAGAUUAAAAAAAAUAAUAAUAAUAAAGCCAAAGAAAUAUUGCAUUUCUUUUCUUCUUCUCUACGUGACAGAUGAUAUGAUAAUCCGCAAUGAUAACAGUCUACCAUUGAUUCUGAUCAUCCAGUAGUUCACUUUUGAGGGAAAGGGUCAUAAAUUUAUUUUGCUCAGACAAUUAAACUGGAAAACGACAUCGCAAGAAGCUUGAAGUUGGUUGAAUGUAGAAGGCGAAGUAAUAACUAAUGUUGAUGUCUGCCUCUUCGUUCAUGCUUCUGUCUCCUGGUCUCCCAACCCUCAUUGCUACAACUCCCAAGAAAACAAAAAGUAAUUAGUUAAGUAGUCAAAUUCAAAAUAUUGCCUUUAUGGCACCCCAGCUACCCCACUUUUACUUCAACCAUGAGAUGUUUGAUUAAAUUUCUUUCGUCCUUGCUGAGGAUUUAUUUCGUCUUGUGGGUAACUGAGAUGUUGUGUUGCCAUGUGAUUUCAGUGCCACUGUUUCGAUACUUUAGUUGUUGCGUUGCUUUCACCUCUGCCUCGAGUUUCGUUCAUUCUUACAUUGGCACUUGGUUUUUCAGAAUUGUUUUCUAGGAAAAUUCUUUUGAAUUGAAAGCUCCGUGCAGUUAAAUUAACUCCCACAACCGUUCCCCACAGUUUGGCUUCUUAGAUUUUUAAGUCGUGUUGGAUUUUCAUUUUCUAGUUGACGGUUCUGGGUUUGAGUCGUAGAAAAUGGAGGACGAGGUGGAUUCCCCUGUUGGUGUUCUUGAGGAUUAUUUUUUCAAGAGUUCAGAAUCAGAAACUAGUUCUUCCAAAGAACCUGGUACCUCGGAUUCUGAUAAGUCAAAGCUCGGUUCUAGGUGGCAUGCGUUUCUUCAAUUGUUGAGGGUCAAAUCGAAGAAGCCGGUGGCCACAUUGUAUCCUCUGACUGUCCUCAAACUCUCCAGAAGAUUCACCAGUGGCAGGAGGGAGACUGUGAUAGAUGCUUCUUCCUUUCAUAGUUCACCCUGGAAGAUCUUCACUCACCAUGAGAUACAAAUUGCAACCAAUUACUUCUCCCAAGAAAAUUGUAUUGGAAAAGGUGGUUAUGCCGAGGUUUACAAAGGGUGUUUGCCAAAUGGUCAGCUGGUGGCGAUUAAACGAUUGGCACGUGGAGCAGAAAACGAAACUACAGAGGACUUCUUAUCAGAACUUGGCAUAAUGGCUCAUGUAAACCAUCCCAAUACUGCUAAAUUAGUUGGCUAUGGAGUGGAGGGAGGAAUGCAUUUAGUGCUUGAGUUGUCUGAAAAAGGGUGCUUAGCUUCAGUGCUGAAUGGUUCCAAGGAGAAGCUACCAUGGCCUGUCAGGCAGAAAAUAGCAUUAGGAACAGCCAAGGGUAUAUUGUAUCUUCACGAAGGUUGUCAAAGAAGAAUUAUUCACAGAGAUAUAAAAGCAUCAAAUAUCUUGCUUACUGAGGACUUUGAGCCGCAGAUUUGUGAUUUCGGGCUAGCAAAAUGGCUACCAGAGAAUUGGACCCACCACACCGUUUCAAAAAUCGAAGGGACUUUUGGUUACCUUGCUCCAGAAUACUUGCUUCAUGGGAUAGUGGAUGAGAAAACAGAUGUGUUUGCCUUUGGUGUAGUGCUAUUAGAAUUAGUCACUGGACGAAGAGCACUUGAUUAUUCACAACAAAGCCUUGUUUUGUGGGCAGAACCUUUUCUGAAAAAGAAUAAUAUCAGGGAGCUGAUCGAUCCUUCACUUGAUGAUGUUUUUGACAGUCGGCAGAUUAAAAUUAUGGUUUUCACAGCUUCUUUAUGCAUUCAACAAUCCUCUAUUCGUCGCCCCUCUAUGAACCAGGUUGUACAGCUUCUGAAUGGUAACGUUAGCUGCUCUAGCUUCACCAAGAAAUCUCAACUUCCAUUCACUCGAAAGGACUUUCUAGAAGAGUUCAUUGAUUCUGAUUAAUUGAAAGGAACAUAAAUCAUUAGAGACAGCAACACUAAAUUGUUAUUAAAUGAUGACAGCGAUGUAUCUCAUUUUCAUUUUUUCUCAGGAAAAGGAAAAACAAAAGCUGUUUUUCCCCAACACGUGAUUAAAGGGAUUGGAGUUUUUACA